AUGAGUUGUAGGGAGGGAUUUAUGUCACCACAAACAGAGACUAAAGCAGGUGUUGGAUUCAAAGCGGGUGUUAAAGAGUACAAAUUGACUUAUUAUACUCCUGAAUACGAAACCAAAGAUACUGAUAUCUUGGCAGCAUUCCGAGUAACUCCUCAACCUGGAGUUCCGCCUGAAGAAGCAGGGGCCGCGGUAGCUGCCGAAUCUUCUACUGGUACAUGGACAACUGUGUGGACCGAUGGACUUACCAGUCUUGAUCGUUACAAAGGGCGAUGCUACCACAUUGAGCCCGUUCCUGGAGAAAAAGAUCAAUAUAUCUGUUAUGUAGCUUACCCUUUAGACCUUUUUGAAGAAGGGUCUGUUACUAACAUGUUUACUUCCAUUGUAGGAAAUGUAUUUGGAUUCAAAGCUCUACGUGCUCUACGUCUGGAAGAUCUGCGAAUUCCUGUUGCUUAUGUUAAAACUUUCCAAGGCCCGCCUCAUGGGAUCCAAGCUGAGAGAGAUAAAUUGAACAAGUACGGUCGUCCUCUGCUGGGAUGUACUAUUAAACCUAAAUUGGGGUUAUCUGCUAAAAACUAUGGUAGAGCGGUUUAUGAAUGUCUUCGCGGUGGACUUGAUUUUACCAAAGAUGAU